GUUUCCUGCCGUGCCUGAGCGAAUCUGACCCACCUCCUCUGUAUAUGGUGGUUCAGCCCUCUGGCAACCUCAACAGCGCGUGGCUACGUUUGGUCGCCUUGCAAGACUCUGCUGGGAGACCAAUUGGGCGACCGUCGCCGUUGAGGCACACCAAUGCAGCGAACGUGGGUUUUCGCGUCCGUCUGCAGAGGAGAAGAUGGCGUCGGAGCAGCAACCCAGGGUACCACGGUCACGGGGGCCGUCGUUUUGGGAAGGCCGUGACCGGUGGCUUUUGGGCCUCUAAUCGAGCAUCUCCAGCGACUGAGACUUGACAGGUCCCUGCUCGGCAGACGCACUUGCAAAGUCAAAAAGAUGGCUAGCUUCGCUGUGCUGUUCUCGUGCUGCGUUGGCGCGCAAAGCUGACUGCACGUAUUGAGCGCACACUCACUACUCGGAGAAGACGUGCAGUCGUCCCGGAAGCUCUCCACUUGCCCACGAACAACAGACUUUCGUCAUGGUCGAGCACGUCGU